AUGUCCCGUUCGAUCGCUGCCGUCUUCAUCUUCGUGGCCCUAGCUGUGCAGGCUACUUUUGCACUUAUUGAUUAUUCUCGUGAAACCGUUACCUUGGAACUAACUGACGAAGACCUCGUGCAAACAAUACCGGAUACUUAUCUCGAGCGACACGCUGCCGUGCAUCUCGGAAACCUCUACGUUGGCAAACAUGUCGCGGGUGAAGAAACCUACAGCAGAAUGAUUGCGAAAGAGAACACGCACGAUAUAAUUUUGCUGUAUACUCUGAAGUUGAAAAUGAAUGGUAAGGAUUUCUUGAGUUUGCAGAAUAAAAUUACCGAUAAGCGUGACCAUUCGUUGCUACGAAAAGAGACAUCGACCAAAAAAGAAAAAGAAAAUAUUCAAAUGUUCAAGUAUCGCGCAAACGUCUCUUUUACAGGAGUCAUCAAUUUUGUAACCGUCCACAACGUAAAAGACAGCCAAGCAGUGGUUUGUGUGAAUGAAAACGCCUUGGGAAGAAGUGAAGGCAGCAUCGUCGUUCGAAUCGCGCCGCACUCCGUGGCCAAAUUAAACGUGCUCGUCGGCAUGCAUCGACAAUAA